AUGGCUGCAGCGAGCCCCAUGGAAAGUCUCCAGGAGGCAGCGACAUGUCCCGUCUGUCUGGAGUAUUUCACACACCCUGUCACUCUGGAGUGUGGGCACAAUCUCUGCCGAGCCUGCAUCACCCAGUGCUGGGAGGAAACCACUACAGCCGCCUCCUGCCCUCAGUGCAGAGAAACUGUGCAACAGAGAAACCUCAGGCCCAACAGGCAGCUGGCAAAUGUCGUAGAAAUCGCCAAGUGGCUGGGUUUUCAAGCAGCGAAAGGAGCAGGAGGGGGCGGGGUGUGUGGGGAACACCAGCAGGCUCUGAAACUGUUCUGUGAAGAGGAUCAAACCCCCAUCUGUGUGAUCUGCAGAGAGUCCCGGCCCCACUGUACUCACACGGUGGUUCCCGUACAGGAAGCCGCCCAGGAGUACAAGAAACAAACACAAACUGAGAGGCAAAAUAUUGUGUCUCAAGUUCAGCAACUGUGGCAGUUCCUAGAGAAACAAGAGCGACUCCUGCUGGCCCAGAUGGAAAAGCUGGACAAGGCUAUUGUGACGAUACUAGGGCUGUCAAGCGAUUAAAAAAAUUAAACAAUAAUAGAAUACCAUUUAUUUAAAUAUUUUUGAAUGUUUUCUACAUGUUCUACAAUUUCAAAGUUUAGAGUCCAAUCAGUCCUACUUCUACAGUGCUCUUUCUCAUGAAAGUGCAACUUACAAAUGUAGAUUUUUUUUGUUACAUAUGUUAUGCAAGAGUUAAAAAUUUAGUUAGCAGCUGAGGCAGAAACCCACAUAACCAACAAGCAGGCAUAUCAGAGGCCCAAGGACAAUGGCAGCUGUAAACACUUGAUAACUUAAAUGGUCAGAUGUCCGCCCAGUAACUCAACCUCUCAGCAAGGAAGAACAGUACAAACCCUCCACAGCUCUCCAGAUAUCUGUGAACACUCACCCCUACCCCGACCCCACCUCUUCGCCUUAAGGGUAGUCAUAGAUAAUUGAUGUAAUCAGGAUGGUUUCUAUGUGUAUGUUCUGCUCCUGUCAUUAUCAUGUUAGGUAUUCUCUCUCUCUCUGAAACAAUGUUUGUCUCUGUAAGUACAAAAUAAAUGCAAAUGAAUUAAUAAGAAAAAGUAUAGAACUGGUCACUGUAACACCAUACUUUUCAAGCUGUCUAUCAGUCUUUCCGAUGUCAUGAAUAAACCUCUUCAGUAUUGUCUAUGCUGCCUGAUUCUUGGGGAAAGACUCUCCUUGCUUCACACAUAACUGCACUCAAAAACAAAGCAGUGUAAAACUUUAGAGCCUAUAAGUCCAAUCAAUACUACUUCUUGUUCAGCCAGUUGCU